AUGCCGAAAGCAGAGGCCGGUUCAGUCAAGGCGCUGAACAAUAAGAUGAAAUCCAAAGGUCUUCAGAGGCUGCGAUGGUACUGCCAGGUCUGCGAGAAGCAGUGCCGCGACGAGAACGGCUUCAAGAUGCACACACAGUCUGAAUCACAUGUGCGGCAGAUGAUGGUCGUGGGCGAAGAUCCCAAGAAGGUCAUCAAUGAGUACAGUCGACAGUUUCAGCGGGACUUUAUGCAGCUGCUGCGCACUGGCCACGGCGAGAAGCAAGUCAACAUCAACCAUUUCUACCAGGAGUACAUUGCCAACAAGGAGCACAUUCACAUGAAUGCUACCAAGUGGCCGAGUUUAACCGAGUUUGCAAAGUAUCUCGGCCGCGAGGGCAUCUGUAGAGUGGAAGAGAAUGAGAAGGGCCUUCAUAUUGCAUGGAUCGACGACUCUCCAGAAGCCAUGAGAAGAAGAGAGGCGGUGCGCCGAAAGGAAGCGCAAGACAAGGGUGAUGAGGAGCGAGAGCAGCGAAUGAUCCGGGAACAGAUCAAGCGGGCACAAAAAGAGGCGGAAACAAAGAGAGGCGCUGCGGAUGACUCUGAAGAGACGGAAGCACGGGAGCUGAAGCGAGAUGAGGGCGAGAAGAUUAAGCUGUCUUUCGGUGCCAAACCCGCCACACAACAAGAAGCAAAGUCGGAAAGCCCUUCCAAUGCUGAAGACCCGGCCAAAAAUGCGGCUCAGACCGAAAGUGCAUCUGAGACCAAGUUGGAUCCUCCGUCGGCUCCGAUAUCCUUAAAGUUAGGCGCAGCAAAGCCUCAACCCAAGAAUGUGUUUGCUGCUGCCAAGAAGAAUGCUCUUGCUGGCGGUGCCAAGAAACCCAACCCUUUCCAACAAGAAAAGAAGAUGAGCGAGGCAGAGCGCAUCAUGAGAGAAGAAAUGGAGAAAAAUAAGAAGAGAUCCAGCUCUGGCUUUGGAGGUUUCUCGAUGAACAAGAAGCCGCGCACAGGCUAA